AUGAAGAACUUUUUUCUCAUCACUAUCAUCUCCAUCUUUGUUGGAAUCUGUUCCAUUUUCCUACUGCCCAUCGAUAUCCCACAAGCUCGAGUCGCAAACCUCAACCUCAACCUCAACCUAAACAACUUCAACCUCAACAACAUCUCUACACUCACAAACCAACUCCUCAACUAUACAAAGUCCAACAUCAACACCUACCUCACCAACCACCAACAACCCAUUCUCUCACCACAACUCCCAACCAACAACCACAUCAUCACCACUAAAAUGUCCUCCCCAGCUACCAAGUCCAUCCCCCGCCUAAUCCGCAAAAUCUUCCUCGCCACCGAACAAGCAGAAGGCGCCGGCGCCCGCGUCCGGCGCUCAAUCGGCACCCCUCAACUCCGCAACUUCUCCCCCUUCCUCAUGCUCGACCACUUCUCCAUCCGGCCCGGCGCCGGCUUCCCCGACCAUCCUCACAGGGGCCAAGAAACCAUCACCUAUCUUUUGCAGGGAGGCGUCGACCAUGAAGACUUCGCUGGCAACAAGGGAACCAUCGAAGCCGGCGACUUGCAGUUCAUGACGGCCGGGAGGGGGAUCAUGCACGCUGAGAUGCCGCGGCAGAAUGCUGAUGGGAGCGCGAAUGUGGGAUUGCAGUUGUGGGUUGAUUUGCCGAGGGAGUUGAAGGGUUGUGAACCUAGAUAUAGGGAUUUGAAAGCGGAGGAGGUGCCGACGGUGGAAACGGAUGAGGGUAGGGUGAAGAUUAAAGUGAUAAGUGGCAAGAGUCACGGGGUGGAUAGUGUCAAGGAUUUGGCGUACACACCCGUGUGGAUUCUGGAUGUGGAAGUGCAGCCGGGUGGAAAGGUGGUGCAGGAGGUACCGGAGGGGUGGAAUGCUUUUGUUUACACGCUGGAGGGACAGACUAUCUUCAGUUCAGGGGAGGAAGGGGAAAAGAGGACGGUGGAACAAUUCCAUAAUGUGGUGUUUGAACCUUCUGGGGAAGCGGUCUACGCGGAGGUGGAUGCGGGAGCUGAGAAGCCGGGCAGGUUUGUGCUGAUUGCGGGGACGCCGCUCGAUCAGAAGGUGGUGCAGUAUGGACCGUUUGUCUUGAAUAGCCAGGAGGAGGUGUAUCAGGCUUUUGUGGAUUAUCAGACGCAUACUAAUGGGUUUGAGAGGGCCAAGGGGUGGAGGAGCGAGAUUGGGAAGUCGAUGACACAUUAA